AUCACAUGGUCUCCAUCGGCCCUGUGAAGUGGGUCGGUCAGAGCCCAAGGGCCUGAUGGCUUCUCAGCCUGGGAGUUUUGAUGGGUGGGGGCGGGUUGGGCCCAAGACUUAAGCAAUUACAGAAUCCAUGAUGGCAGAGAUUUGAGGGACCACCAGGAGGGACCGGGGAGAGCCAGGGUCCGGGGAGAGCCUGAGGCUGUCCCUCAGAAUCCUUUACCCUUUUCGCAGGAGCAGUGUCCGGGGCCUCUCCUCACUCUAGGAGGGGGCAGCGGAGGGCAAUAGCCGGGCCGCGCCCUCGGAAGCGGGGCCAGGCAGCCGGCUGCCCAGCCAGGUCCCGCUCCGCCCCUUGGGGCUCUCCUUGGGGAAGUGGCUCGGAGGCCUCCAACGCAUUCCGGCUGCGGAGUGGGUAGCUGCCCAGCCUCCCGCUGUACCGAAUUCCGGCCCUGCAGCCGGCGUCCGCAGCUCCCAGGGUGGCUGGAGCAGGGGGCGCCGCGCUGGCCCCGCCCCGGCCCGCAGAGAAAGGGGGAUCGCCCUUCCAGUGGGAGGGGUCGCAGCCCGCGCUCCCCCUCCCCACCCUUCCAGCCCGGGUUAAAUGCGGCCGCCGCCUCCGCUCGCUCCAGCUGCCUGGCAGUCCCCAUCUCCGGCGCGCAGCCUGCGCCGUUACCUGCUCCAACUGCCUGGGAGGCUCCGCCCGUCGGCUCCGCUCUGCGGCCGCGCCUCCGAGUUGUCCGGCAGGCUCAGGUUCUGACACCUCUGUUCCCCAAGCGCCAUGAGGGUCCUUCCAUGCUCACCACUGCCCAUGUUGCUGCUCCUUCUCCAGCCCUGGGAAACCCAGCUCCAGUUCGCAGGUCCCAGGUGCCGUACUGGGCCCCUGGAUUUGGUGUUCGUGAUUGACAGCUCGCGCAGCGUGCGCCCCUUCGAGUUCGAGACAAUGCGGCAGUUCCUGGUGGGCCUGCUCCGCGGCCUGGACUUGGGGCCCAACGCGACACGCGUCGGCGUAAUCCAGUAUUCCAGCCAAGUGCAGAGCGUCUUCCCGCUCGGCGCCUUCUCGCGCCGCGAGGAUAUGGAGCGCGCCAUCCGAGCUCUGGUGCCGCUGGCGCAGGGCACCAUGACGGGGCUGGCGAUCCAGUACGCCAUGAAUGUGGCCUUCAGCGUGGCCGAGGGCGCGCGCCCUCCAGAGGCGCGCGUGCCGCGUGUCGCUGUCAUCGUGACUGACGGGCGGCCCCAGGAUCGCGUGGCCGAGGUGGCGGCGCAGGCGCGCGCCCGCGGCAUUGAAAUCUAUGCCGUGGGGGUGCAGCGCGCCGACGUGGGCUCCCUGCGCGCCAUGGCGUCCCCCCCGCUGGACGAGCACGUCUUUCUAGUUGAGUCCUUUGACCUUAUCCAGGAGUUUGGCCUGCAGUUCCAGGGCCGGCUGUGUGGAAAAGACCUGUGUGCUGAGGGGGGACACGGCUGCCAGCACCAAUGUGUCAGCUCCCCAGGCACAUUCCACUGCGCCUGCAACACGGGCUACCAGCUUGCAGCAGAUAACAAGAGCUGUUUGGCCAUUGACCAUUGCAGCUUUGGGAACCACAGUUGCCAACAUGAGUGUGUUAACACCCUUGGUGGGCCACGGUGCCAUUGCAGAGAGGGCCAUGACUUGCUGCCUGAUGGAAGGAGCUGUCAGGUCCGGGACCUUUGCAAUGGUGUAGACCAUGGAUGCGAGUUCCAGUGUGAAGGACUUUACACAUGGUGUCUAUGCGUAGAUGGCUGGUGCCAGCCACGGUUCUGGUCUCUCCAUCGGAGUCCUUCUCUUCACUGUAUAGGAUGCAGGGAAGGCCACGUGGACCUAGUUCUGCUCGUCGAUGGCUCCAAGAGCGUGCGCCCGCAGAAUUUCGAGCUGGUGAAGCGCUUUGUGAACCAGAUCGUGGACUUCCUGGACGUGUCUCCUGAGGGCACGCGAAUAGGGCUGGUGCAAUUCUCGAGCCGGGUACGCACCGAGUUCCCGCUGGGCCGCUAUGGCACUGCCGCGGAGGUGAAGCAGGCUGUCCUGGCCAUAGAGUACAUGGAGCGUGGUACCAUGACUGGGCUGGCACUGCGCCACAUGGUGGAACACAGCUUCUCCGAGGCGCAAGGCGCGCGGCCCCGUGUCCUCAACGUGCCUCGCGUGGGCCUGGUCUUCACCGACGGCCGCUCCCAGGAUGACAUCUCAGUAUGGGCGGCGCGGGCCAAGGAGGAAGGCAUUGUCAUGUACGCCGUGGGCGUGGGCAAGGCCGUGGAGGAGGAGCUGCGUGAGAUCGCCUCGGAACCCGCGGAGCUGCAUGUGUCCUACUCCCCCGACUUCAACACCAUGACACACCUGCUGGAGAACCUCAAAGGCAGCAUCUGCCCGGAGGAGGGCAUCAGCGCGGGGACAGAGCUUCGGAGUCCCUGCGAAUGCGAAAGCCUGGUGGAGUUCCAGGGCCGAACGCUGGGGGCGCUCGAGAGUCUGACUCAGAACCUCGCCCAGCUGAUGGCGCGCUUGGAGGAUCUGGAGAAUCAGCUGGCCACUCAUAAGUGAGGACCACCGUGGCGACUCGGACAGAGACGCAGACCCGCGGACUGUGCCCCCUUGUGCGCCGUUGGGAGCCGGGGGCGGGCUGAGCCUGGGCCCCUUCGGCUCCGGCUGUUGGGGACCAGGCGCUGGCGGGCUCCCAGCGCUGUGCUCGAGCUGGCCUCGCCUGGACCACAAGCCGGACUGCGGGGGACAGAGGGGACGUGUGCCAGGUCCGCACGCCCUUGCCGCGUGCUGCGCUCAGAUCUUUCUUGGAUUUCUUUUUUUGUUUUCUUUUUCUUAAAAAAAAAAAAAAAUCUGGUU